CCGCGCGCUACUACGGAUGUAAACACUGCCCGGUUCACGUGGAGGGAAAUAAAAAGCGACCAUGGCACCGAGGCUGGAGCGUUUCGUCAGCCCGGGGAAAGGCAACGGUCUGCGGGCGACGGCCGGGGUCAGGAGGGGAGAGCUGCUGUUCUCUGCCGAGCCGCUGGCGAGCUGCGUGUCCAACCGAGUGCGAGGAGACGUGUGCCACCGCUGCUUCACACGACGAGAGACCUUGCUGAGGUGUUCCCAGUGUAAGACUGCUCGCUACUGCAAUAUCACUUGCCAGAAACAAGCCUGGUCUGUCCAUAAGAGAGAGUGUAAAUGUCUGCGCGGCCUGUUACCCAGAGUUCCCACUGACUCAGUGCGUCUGGCUGCGAGGCUCAUCUUUGCUUUGUUCAGUCCAUCUAAGGGCAGUAGUAAAGAGUUAUACACUUUGGAGGAGCAUGAAUCACACCUGACUUCCAUGUCUGAGCAGAAGAAGCAGGGUCUAUCUCAGCUGGCUUCUAUGUUAGAGCUGUACCUUCGACAAGAGGCACCUGACCUGGCACAGGAAAUGACAUCAUCACUGCCGCCAUCCUGCCGAGAACCCCUCAGCCUUAUAGCCAAGGUGACAUGUAAUUGUUUCACCGUCAGUGACGGAGAGCUGCAAGAGAUUGGAGUUGGGCUGUAUCCGAGUCUAUCUCUGUUGAACCACGACUGCAGGCCAAACUGUGUGAUGGUGUUUGAGGGAACAAAGCUGCAGCUCAGAGCUGUUCGAGACAUUAAACCUGAAGAGGAGCUCACUAUAAGUUACAUUGAGACGUUGUCCCUGACUGAAGAUCGACAGAGACAACUGGAGGAACAGUACCAUUUUACUUGCCACUGCCAGCGAUGCGACUCUCAAGACAAAGACGGACUCAUGCUGUCUGGUGAAGAAGCAACGUGGCGCCUUUUGAAGGAGGCUCUACCCAGACUGGAAGAGCAAAAAGCAGAGUCACGUUGGGAAGCUCUAAUAAAAAGCUGCAGUCAUUUUUUAUCAACUGUUGGUGACGACUUGCCUGAUGAAAAUCUCUACAAGCUCAGAUUGACAGACAUGGCUUUAGAUGCCUCUGUUCACCUGGGCCACUGGGAGGAAGCUGUGAGAUAUGGGGAGAAGACACUUCCUGUGUACAGACAAUACUACCCCGAUCCCCACCCAGUCCACGGAGUCCAGCUGAUGAGAGUUGGAAAGCUGCAGCAUUACCUGGAACACAUCGCGGAUGCUUUGGACACGUUCAAACAGGCCUUUCAAAUCAUAAAGCUCACGCAUGGUGACGAUCACCCAUUGACUGCGGAUCUGUUGAUGAAGAUGGAAGAAUGUCGCAGUGAGCUGGAUCAGAAGUCAUCCAGCAGUCACUGACCCACCAGUACAACUUUACAUCUUAAUUUAAUGUGCGGAUUUUACCUGCUCUUCUAGUGUUGGAAAUGCAUUCAAUAACUUCCAUCAUCAAAUUUCUGAUAAAUAAAAAUGAACUUUUGACACAUUGA